CGAAGAAAGCACCUAUCAAUAUGAAAUAUCGUCGACUAUUUGCGAUCUUUAAAGAUAUAGAGCUAGACUAGACAGCAAGACCAAUAACUUGUGUAGUUCACGCACUCGAUUGAACUCCUUGUCCUCGUAACGUAGAGAAUAUGAAAUGGAGAUGCUGUAUACUUUGUAAUCCGACUCUUUGUUAUUCUGCUAGAGAUUUAGUUAUGUGUGUACGCCUUACCGUGAACAUCUAACUUAUGUAGAUGUAUUUUCCUUCUCUUCCUUCUCUCUUUCAACUUCGCUAGGAUCGGAUAAGUCAAUGGCCGUUCUUUCACGUCUGCGAAUACUUUCCUGGGCCCCUCAUCGUUCUUCACUUAUUUGUGCAUGCAAGCAAAUUGUUUACGCAAUGAAUGCCGGAUCACUGGGAACUUCAGGUCAUGUAAAACUCUCGUGUCGGCACAUUAUGAGAUCUUUUUGUGCUGUAGAAAUGGAUAAUGAUAUCCGUGGAUGCUCACGAGGUUCUCUUAUAGUCCUAGAAGGACUAGAUCGGAGUGGAAAAACUUCACAAUGUGGUAAUCUGCUUGCGUACUUGCAAGGAAAAGGGUUUUCUGUUGAGGCAUGGCAAUUUCCAGACCGAAGCACCAGUGUUGGCAAAAUGAUUUCUGCAUAUCUCGCAAAUGAGUCGCAAUUAGAUGAUAGAACAAUCCACUUACUUUUCAGUGCUAAUCGGUGGGAGAAAAGAGCUUUGAUGGAAAACAAGCUAAAGAGUGGAACAACCCUUAUUGUUGAUCGCUAUUCUUACUCUGGGGUAGCUUUUUCUGCUGCCAAAGGACUCAAUAUUGAGUGGUGUAAGGCUCCAGAAGUGGGGUUAAUAGCACCAGAUGUAGUUGUAUAUCUUGAUGUACCUCCAGAGAAAGCAGCUGAAAGAGGAGGUUAUGGCCUUGAGAAAUAUGAACAACUAGAUUUCCAAGGAAAAGUUGCUGAGCACUAUCAUAAUCUCCUCGAUUCUUCUUGGGAGAUUGUUGAUGGCUCCCAAUCAAUCGAGUCGGUGGAGCGACAGCUAAAAGAUCUCGCGAUGCAUUCCAUACUAACUUGUCAACGUGGAAAGCCGCUCACCAACCUCUGGUCACACUAGUUAUGUCGUUCCGGUUCUCAUAGAAAAGUUUAUUCUCACAAAAUGAAUCUUUGAAUACUCACGAACAAGAAAGCUGUGCACUGGUUUCACUAAAUUAAUAUAGAGAACAAUGUGAUUUCA